GGUAAAGAAGCAUGGCCCCAGUACGGGUAUUUUAUGACUACACCAAAACAAAUUAGAUCUGAAAGAGAUUUAAACAUAUGAUGUUACCUAAUCUUCAUGAUGAGAAAAGAUGUGAAAAAAUAUAUUUCAAUAAUUUUGGUAAUGAAAAGUAGACAUGAUUAAGAAAAAUGAUUUGAAACAUAGAGAAUAUUGACGUAGGCUGAUAUAUCCAUCCGCCUGUUAUAAGGUUUCACAAGAAAUUCAAGAUGGCGGAGCUUGGAGCUUCGUUGACAGAUAUGAAGUGGUUGCACGAAUUGUCCGUUGGAGGAGCAAUGACAGGAGGAAAUGUGAACAAAGAUGGUACCCAAAUCUCUAAAGCUCACGGAGGACAAGUUCCAAUGCGAAAAGCGCCAAAUUCUCCUCUAGACACGAGUGCAACUCUUGAUAAAGAAGAAGCGUCAAAUCACAGAGACGGAAAACCCCCGUAUAGUUACGCCAAUUUAAUCACAUUUGCCAUAAACAGUUCGAAAAAUAAGAAAAUGACAUUAAGUGAGAUAUAUCAGUGGAUCUGUAACGAAUUUCCUUACUACAAAGAUGCAGGAAACGGUUGGAAGAAUUCAAUACGCCAUAAUUUAUCUCUGAACAAAUGUUUUUUGAAAGUUCCAAGAUCAAAAGAUGACCCUGGGAAGGGGUCAUAUUGGGCCAUAGACAAUAAUCCUCCUGAUGAUUCCUUGCCAUCUAGACACAAGAAACGUAAACUGAUUGCUGGAGAAUGGGCAUCUCCAUAUAGCCCCGAGUCUGGUAUAAAUCUGAACAACUCAAAUAGUUUAAGUAAUCCCCCUCUCUCCUCUCUCAACGUACAAGUAUCACCAGUGCAAGCUCAGCCAGGAAAUCAGGUUCAGAUGCAGGGUCACACCCAGCAGACCCAGCAGCCCACACUUGGAAACUCCUUCAUUGACAAUAAUAUAGGAAUAGAAGAUCUCAGUGCUUCAUUCAGAACCAUUUACAAGAACAUGUUUGAAACCAAUCCAGCAGGUUCUACGAUGACUGAAUACGUUGAGCGGUUGACAAACACAUAUAAUGCAGAGUUGACGAAAGACGCCGGACUACCGGAAAUCUCCGGUCCCACCCCCAGUUUACCUGGCACAGACUGGUUACAGAAUGUGGAGACAUUAAAAGAAAGUCUACGGUUGGCCGGGUCAGGCAGUAUAGAUCUGAACAGUGUGGAUAUGGCACAGUUUCAAGGUCUGAUGGACACAAUGAAACAAGCAGACCAGUCCAAUUGGUGUUUGAACCAUGAGCAGUUUGCUGACCUUGCGUCCUCCCUUAGCACAUUCUUCAAUCAAUCAGGCCUCCUCCCCACAAUCACCCCUCCUACUACCACAACUAACACUGGUUAUUCAUCAACAAGUACGAGCACUUUGACCACUUUAAGCAACAACACAUCUCAUCUCACUGUGCCCCAAUCUUCCAUCAGCCCCUGUUUGAGCCCCACAUCAGCGGGUGGAUUUAGCCCACAGCCAACCCAGAAUGUUAUUGUUCAACCCACACAAACUGCUUCAUACAUCAUGAAUGAUGUUGAGGAUGAUGAUGAAGAAUUCAAUUGGGAGAGGAUUUUAUAGUCCUUGAUAGCAGCAACAUUCAUUAUCAUUUAUCACCAUGGCAACUAUAAUUGACGAGCACUUCAGUUUACUGCAACUAUGAAAAAGUUAUACGUGAAAAGUGGAUGCGUGUGAGAGAGGAAAGUCAUGCAAAGAUAUCCUUCACUUAAGUGAAGAUAAAUGCUUAUAUUAGUAAGUGUGUAUCAUGACAACAACCCCACUGCUGGCAUGCUCUACUUUUUGUAGUGAAUACUCAUCAUUGUGUUUCCUAAUAUUUUGGCAAUGUCUUGUGUUUCUAAGAUAUCUUAAAUCCAUAUUUAUAUUCUUGUGAUUAUAAAAUGCUGAUCUGUUCUGUUUAAUCCACUUUACAGUAUUAUUGUCAGACAUGUGUAUUCCUAACAACAACAAAAAAGAAUCCUGUAUUGUUUGAAACUGACAAUCAGGCAACAUUGAAAUGUCAUGGCUUCACACCUUUCAUCUCUCUUACCUUAGUUUGAUCACCACAGUAGUAAUACAAUAUACAAUUUGUGAUUUUAAAUCAAUUUUUCCCCAUCUGAUUCCUAUGGCAAUAUUGUUAUUUUAUAUUAUUAUGUUUUAUUUUGAGAGUUGUUGUUUGACUGUUUAUACAUUGUUUGAUGCAGGGUGUUUUGUUUUUCUUUUCUGUUGUGUAUCUGCUGUUGACAUUAUUUAUUCAUGAAACUGCAGGCUCAGAUCCCCUAGUCUUUACAGUUACAAAUCAGAUUGAAAUCCCCUUGAUUUUGGAGCAUAGAGCAAAAAUAGAACUUUAAGGUUAACUUAUGUUGCCAUUCAUUAUUUAGUAUUUCACCAAUUUCCACUUAACAGCAGUGUUAAGGAAAGAGCAUUUUAUUAUCAAAUUGUCUAAUUAGAAUAUUACAUUCUUAAAUUAAAUUUUUGUAAACAAAAGUUUAGAAAACGUGAAUUACAAGUCUGCUUAAAUAUAUGAGAGAAAAAAAUUAUAUUCUCAAAUAUAUAUUAAUUAAUGCUGGUCAUCAUAAUAUAGCUGUAAAUUGCAUCUUUUUUCCAUAUCUUGUCAGAAAUUGGCAUUUUACAACUAUUAAAAAUUCUUAUUAUUUCUUUGCAAUGAAGUUGAAUGUGUCCUUGUUAACAUUUCAACUAUUGAUCUCAAAUAUAACUGCAUUUCAUUUUCAAAACUGUGUCAUUUGAAUCAUUGACUUGUAAAGCAGAACACAGACAAAAGAAAUGCAUUGAUGAGAAAUUAUUAUAAUUCUUUAAGACCAUUUCUGUUUUUAAAAAAUCCCUUCCACAGUUGAUAUAAGUUGUCUACAGAUAGUGCUAAAUAUGUUUUUUGUAUGCUCAGUAGUUUAGAGACGUGACUGUUAUAAUCAGAGUAAUGAUACUAAUUUAUUAUUCCUGCAUAAAUCCAACCAAACUAUGGGCAUGUUGUAAUUGUUUGAACUUUUUGCUUUUAUAUAUAUAUAUAUUCAUUUUUAUGUUUCAUUUGCCUGGAUGUUAACAAAUCUUUUCUUUUCUUUUUUUUUUCCUUUUUCAUAAAUCAUAUUGAUAUUCAUUUUAGUGGAUUGUAGCGAGAUUUAUAUAUUUUGUGAAUUGGGAAAAUUCUAAUUCUAGUGUGCAAGGAUGACAGGUGACAUUUAUUUGAAGAUUUGGGUGUGUGAUUUGCUAAACAUUUUGCAAACUAGAUAUUUAAUGAUGAAAAAAUUGUGCAAUGUAUUAGUACUGUUUAUUGCUGUAGAUCUGUGUGUGUGUAUAUGAUGUCUUGUUUGCCGUGGAAUUAAAGUUAGGUGUAGCACAUUUUGCUUACAAUAUAAAAUUAUCUGGAUUUAGCUUGCUCUAGUAGUACAUGUAGAAUCGGAAUGCAUGUCACCCAUUUAGAUCAAUUGGCAGCUUUAUGAAAUAUGGUAGGUAUAGAAAUAGCCAAUGAAACUGUCAGGAACUGGUCAUGUGAUUGUCAGGGCAGUAUUUGCAAAUGCUUGGAAUUGGAAAACUAAAAAAAAGAUUUAUACUAUUAAAGUGACUGAGAAUUUCAUUAUGCAAUAGACUUACUUUUUGAAUUUUAACAUAAUCUAGAUAUUAAUUUUGGUAAUGACCUUUUUUUUUCAGUAUAUGUACAGAAUGCCUUUGGUGUAUAAAGAGAUAUUUUUCUAGCUUUCUGUAUGGAAUGUUCAUAAUGCUGUAUAUAGACUUUUUAUCUUGGUUAUUGCUUUUUAGAAACUUUAUUCAGGUUAUUGACCGUCCAUAUCGUAUAUACUUUUCUCUGAGAAGCCGUUUGCCGUGCUUCAUAACUUGCAUGUUUUAUGUUAUGAAAAAAUUGUAAGUUUAUAUACUAAACAACAUUUUCAGGAAUGAUGAAUUACAUAUUCUUUUUAGUUUUAUCAGAGUCUAAGACUUGGGGUUCAAGUACCUCAUACAUGUAAGGGGGGGAGGUGUAACAGAAAAACACUUGACAUAGAAAGAUUUAUGAUUUAUACAUAGAGUAAAUUGAUUAAUGGAUUUUAGUUUAGUUAUCAGAUUACGAAUAAAAUAUAUUUGUGUAUGUAAAUAAUGCUGUGAAAUUGUUGACUUUUAAUACAAAAGUAAGGUGUUCUAUCUGAAGAUGUUUUUUUUUUUCUAAGAUGUUAAUUAAUGCUAUGCAUAUUGUAAGAUUUUUUUUUACAACUAUUUUUAAAACAAAUUAUGCCACUUCAAUCAAGUUACACAGUUAUUCAUUGUAUGUUGUGCCUGUCGGAGUGUUUUAAGGAAUAGAUUAGUUCUAUUCUUUUAUGGCAAAUGAGUUGUCAUUGCAACCUUUCAUCAAUAAAGUUGUUGAAUAUCAAGUUAUGGAAAA